AUGAGUGGCAACAUCGAUCCUCGUAUCGUCCAGGCGGCCUGCAUGGCUGACCUCAGCCGUGACCGUCAAGAGGAACUGCCCCUUAGUAAUGUCGAGAAAAAAGGGCCUUCGUUCCAACCCAGCGGCAAGAAUGGAACGAGCCACUACGCCGCCAAGCUCAAACAAGACUUGAACAACAAAUGGAGCAUUGAGUUCGAUGACGAAGAAGCUCGACAGAUCGAGGGACUUUGCGCCGAGGACGCUCGCCCAUGGGCCAAGAAGUUCACCAAGCACCUUCUUGAAACCGAGGCAGUUAGAGAUGCUGUUCCCACCCGUCAACACACUCGAGUUCAACCUCACCCUGCUGGGCCACCUCCCAGUGCGAAACGGGCGAAGCACAACCACCCGCAUGGUCAGUCGGGCCCAGAUGGUGUCAAGCAGAUUGAAUUUAAACCUCCCGUGCCUCCUAUUGAGGCCAAAUGGGGACCGCCCAAGCUCGCUCCCACACUGAAUCCGGUUCUCCGAACGCCGGCCCCGCCCCCCGGCAAUUCUACACAGAGCCCAAUAUCUUCCGCAGCUCAGAAUCAGCCAAACAAUGGGACUGCUACACAGGAAAGGCCUGCUCACCUGCGAAUGAAACCCGCAGGAAAGCCGGAAAGCGCCAGCUGUCCCGAAGUCUUGGUUUGCAGUGGACACUGCGAGGUGGUCCCAUCCAAGCUCGAGGCUGAUUGCUUCGAAGUGGAAUUCAAGAUGGUGCUGUUUCCCAUGAAGCAGGAGGUGACCCUCGUACUAUCGGCUCCAGGAAAAGGCGAGCGAGUUCAUGCUAUAUUGGACUUUGAUAUCGCAGUUAUGGAUGGUGGGUUUUGCAAGCUCCGACACCGUGAUAGCAAAUCGGACUACUAUCUACGACUUACCACCAUCGAAGAGACUGACAAGUUCCGUUCAGUUUUCCAGAAGAUGCAGCAGAAAUUGUCCAAGCGUCGCCAGGGCUGCGGAGUGGAGGUGAAGGCCAACGACGUCGCACUUGUUCAGAACCCUGAGCCACCUGUCUCUCAAGUCCAGGCAAGCCAGCCUGUUCACGCCGUCAAUACCACCAAUUCUACCAAUCUCAGCACCGAUGCCAAAUAUUCUGGAUCCAACAAAGCUGAAGGGACUCUUAUUGACCUCGAUGGGUUUGAAGAAGUUCAAAACACUCAAAUCCCAUCGCUGCAAAACGCCGCUGAUCACAUGAUCCACCUCAUUGACAAAGUCAUUACCCAGUUUGCACUGGAAGAUCAUCUCAUUGACUCUGUCAUUCGAGGUAUUGAGGAUGGUGCGAUCGAGUAUUGGAUCACCAAUGGGUUUAUGAGAGACUUUGAAGAUGACAUCAGAGGGGACCUCAUUUCCGCCCUCCGGAACAUGGCCCAGAUCAAGAUCAAGAUGCAUCACCGCCUCAAUGGCCGUGGGGAAGGGCAGGAGAUCAAAGCUCAGGAUGCAGUUAUUCGCUCUACCGAGUCUCUGGCCGGAAAUCCAGGCGCCUUGAAGUAUCCCCCCGAGGCUCUCGUUCAGCUUCGGUCGAAUGCAAUUGUCCCCAACGAUUGGAAGACCACCAAAGAUCUCCCAGUGUCCCCGUCUGUGUUCGCGACAUCGACUGUUGAGAAAGUCGACACCACCUCGAAAGCGAAUACCCCCAGCGGCGAAUCCAAGGCGCAGCAGAGUAUCAAGGCAGACCGCGACACCCCGACUGGUAACACUGAGCCUACUGCGACAAAGCCCAUCACCCAGCGUCGCCCUACCAAGGGUCUGGCUGAUUCUAAAUGGGCUCAUGCCGAUGUGAAAGUUGAUGUUCACAGCAGCUAUCACAAUACCCGACAAGCCCCUGCCACUCAGGCGAGCAGCGCCUAUGCUGCGUCAGUUGGCGGUGGACGACGUACCGGUUCGGGAAGCAGCACUGGCACAUGCCUUCAGGGGCUGAGCGAGUCCCGCUUUGCGACCAAGCCGGCCCAGUUCCGAGGAAGUUUCGCUGGUUUCAGUGGCUCCCGCUAG